CAUCGCUUUGCAUCAGGAACAGAUUUUUGAUUGACAAUUGUAUUAAGUUCUGUAAUUCAAGCCUUAAUUUUAAGUGUUUAGUGCCAAAAAUGAACAUGAAAAAAUUCAUUCCAGAUGAAAUUAGAAAAAUUGUGAAUAAUUUGAGUAGAAGUUUCGAUAAUCAGGCCAGUGGAUCAAAUUCAUCAAACAUCGAAUUAAUGACAAGAAAGAACAGCAGCAUGAGAAGACAUCAAAAUGACCUUGAUGGAAUCAAUGUGAUUAGCAUAGAAAGAAUAACAACAAGCACCGGAAUCAUCGUUGACAAAGAAACAUAUAAAAAUAUCAGGAAAUACACAAUUUCAAAUUUAGACAGCAUCGCAGCUGCGGUUGAAUUUAUUAAAACAUCAGAAAUUAAGGAAGAACUUCAAGACACAAAAACAAUAACGGAAGUAAAAUUCAAAUUUGGAGACGAAUCAGUUCGAGAGUUGAAUUCUCAUGAGAUUUGGGAAUUAAGUGGACGAUUCAGCAACAAGUCAAUUAGUUUUUGCUUCUGUUCUAGAAAUGAUGAGUCAUUUUACAUUUAUUGGAAGUCCAAAGAUAGCCAAAACUUGAUGUACUUGAGUCCUUUUAAUGACAAGUUUGGAUGGAAGGACAGGAAGCUUUGUGAUUUUGUAAUGAUGUUCUUAAAGAGUUCUUUGCGAAAUGGACAUUCAGGAAUCAGCCAAUCAUUCCAACUUCCAAUGGAGACUGUAAAGGUUCAACUUCACUACCUAGCUGACAUCCGUGACUACAACCUAUUACUUGUAGCUGCCGAAAAAGGAGACCAUGAAGUUGUCAAAGUCCUCCUUGAUCACGGAAUUAACACAGAGUUGGCAAACAGAAGCAUCAAUGCACAAAUUUUAUCCUACAAUAACCGACAUUUUGAGGUCCUGGAAAUGCUAAUUAAUGAGAAUCACACAUAUCCACAGUCAAUUGACAUCAGCCAAUGCACAGAUGAUAGUAAGGAGUUUUAUAAAGCCUCAAUGGACCUUCAUGAAGCUAUAAUAACUGGGAAUCAGAAGAAGUCAGUCAAUCUAGUCAUGCAACACCCAAAAAGUCGAUAUUUCUACAAUCUACAGAAUGAAUCAGCCUUAAAGACUGCCUUGGUUCAUAAACAAUUCAAAAUAUAUGAAGCACUGCUUAAACAAGGUCUAUACUUGGCUCCACAUGAAAACAUCCUCAAGAUUACUAAAGCUUACAAUGAAAUUGAGAACAAUAACUUCAAAAAUAUCCAAAUAGGAGACCAUCCUGAACAGCACAUGAGCAUCAUCAUCGGCAACACCUCAAUUUUCCGAGGAGAUAUAAAAACCCGGGAAAGAUUCACGCCAAUUUUUUCAGCAUAUCAAGCACUAAAUGCUAACAUUUUCAUAAAAGUCAUUUUGAUGGUCGUCGCUGCAUCCAAAAAUUUCCGAGUUGUCUUUGACUUUAGCCACGAGUCAGUUCAUUCUGUCGAUCCAAAUUUGAGCUCAAAGUCGAAUGGAUUUUUAUACAUGACUGGAAGAAUCUUCAUUGGAGCAUUGAAGCUGCUUAACUUUAAGACUAAGCAUGAGGCUUAUGGGAUAAUGGCACAUGAAUUUUGUCAUUAUGCUGUAGACUUGACUUUCGGGAAUGACGCUAAGCCUUACUUUAAAAAUGAUAGCUUGGCAAGGCAGGAAUUUGAUAAAAUUAGUGAAGAAUGCGAGAAAAGGUAUGGAGAAGAGGAAGUGAUUGAUUUAGUGUAUGAUUGCUAUCCAGAAGACAUGCAUCAUGCCGAGUUGAUUGUCAGAGUUCCGCAACUUCUUAUGCUGUACGGAAAUGAACCAGAAAAGCUGUUGAAAAUUCAGGAAAAAUUUCCAAAAUUGUUCAAAUUUUUUGAGGUUAGGGUUGUGCCUGCUAUGAAGAAGGCACUGAAUGAGAUUGAAGCUAAAGCUGAGAUAGAAAUUAAGGUUGAUGAUGUGAUAGUCAGAGAGUAUCCGAAAAGAUGGAAUUUUUUUGUUGUCUGUGGGAUAAUUGUGGCUUCGCUGAUUGGUAUUUGUGGAUUGUUGGUGAUCAAGGCUCAGUUAUUGAUGACUAAGCAUAAUUACAAGUUCCAGGAGCUAUCGGAACCUCAAAAGUUGACUAUAAUGAAUGCUCGAGUGUCUUACAAAGGAUUAGAUAUGAAAUUAAUGGAUUUACUGCCUCACGAGUCUGCUGGAUAUGACGAAUUGACAUCUGAGCAGAUUGAAUGCAUUUUUGACUCAAAACUGCUGAGCUUGACGGGACAUGAUUUUAGUCAUUUACAAAGCCACAUCAUCCACAACUGGACGACUCUAGCAGCACCAAUAAAAUCAAAAAUUCUAUCCACAAACUUCACAUUCCAAGACAUAAGCCUGAAAUUCAAAAUUCUACACGAUUUACAUCCGUCAGCCUUUACAGCCUUAACCUCAAAUCAAAUUGUUGACAUCCUGGAUGACAAAGACUUAAAAAUUGGUAAAAUGAUUGAUGAAAUUAAAGGCUACCAGCCAUACAGGAAUUUUGUGUCCGAAAAUGCUUACCUGCUGUACUACAAAUACCAAACCGAACCCAACAUAACCUCAAAUUUUACAAAUUAUUUUCACAAAUUUAAAGAUGAAAAUUUCGAAUUUUUUUCAAAUAUUUACGAUGAAAUAUCAAAAAAUCUACUCGGAAUGACUCUUGACUCGUACAUAAGAUACAACCUAACCUUAAAAGUCUAUUUUGAGGUUGUGACUCACAUCAACAAGUUCCAAAUCACAGAAAAUUUGGACAAAACCAAAACAUUCAUUCUAGCUUCAGACGACGAUGAUAAAAAUACAAUAAAAAUGAACAGAUUGACUCACUUAAUGAAGAAGGAACAUCCAACAAGAUGGGUGUCUUUUGUUGACAUGAAAAAUGCACCAUACGAGCCUGAUAAAAAUUCAAUUCUAGAGCUAAUAGGAAGAUCCAAUGUCACUGGAUUUGAACAGAGAAUCUUUGAUGAGUGCUACAAGUCAGGCAACCUGAUUGUUCUUUGGAAUGACUUUGGUAAUUUUCCACCAAACUUAGACAACCUCCUUUUAGAUAUCAUGUGGGAUAUCCAUCAGAAUAAGAACAUUCAACUGAUCAGCACCAAAACAUCUUACUCUAAGACAUUAAGGGAUAAGUUCCAUGUUGAGGUUCACAGAUUUCAGCCAUUGACUGCGAGAGAGGCUGAAAAAGGAACAGAUGAGAGUUCAAGAUUUCUGCUGAAUCGUCGAAUAUUUUCUAAUUUGGGGAUGAGUUGGCAGAGGUUUUGAGUUGAUGCUUGCUUGGUGGGGG